AUGCCUGUUUUAAUGAAAUAUCAUUUUUUAGAGGAUCUUCUGGGGAGUGGUGAGCAAGUGCUGCAGGAAGCCAAGGGUGCUGCCCUGUCCAGCCCGCGGAAGCCAGGGGAGGAUCCAGAGGUUGUACCAAGGAAAGAGCUUAACCAUGUUCAGAGUGGUGGAGUUGCAGGCAAAGCUCUGGAGAUGGGGCAGCGGCUCCCCCAGCAGGGUGCCACGGACUCCAGGGAGCAUCCAGCUGACACGCAUGGCAGCCAGGCGGGCGAAUUGAGACCCCAGAUGGGUGAGGCAAGCGACGGAUGGUGCAUGAUGGAAGUGACAGGAGCCUCUGCAGAUAUUUGUAAGGACAGAAUUGAGGAGCAGCCGGGUCAGCCAGCUGAGAGUAGAGACUUGGACCAUGAGGAAUGGGAAGUCGUUUCUGAGCACCUGGCUUGGGGGGAGGCUGGCAAGAAUGGCAGCCUGGAAGACUCCGACAGCAAGGAAUGGGAACAAGGAGACUGCCCUGAUGGAGACUUGAAAGCAAAGAGAGUUGCAGCUGUGCCCCCCAUGUUUCAAAACACCCAUGUGACUUUCCGCGUCCACUACAUCACCCACUCUGACGCUCAGCUGAUUGGUGUUACUGGUGACCACGAGUGUCUCGGGCAGUGGCACAGCUACGUUCCCCUCAAGUACGACAAGGAUGGAUUCUGGUGUGAAUCUGUUACUCUGCCAGUAGACACCCAAGUAGAAUGGAAAUUUAUCUUGGUGGAGAAUGGGAAGGUCAGACGUUGGGAAGAAUGCGGUAAUAGGACCCUAGUGACUGAACAUGAAGAUCUAAUUGUUCAUCAGUGGUGGGGAUACCAUUAA